CAUAUCCAUAUCUGAGCCCCCAUGUAUAUAAACACCCCGGGGAGGACUUCUUCACACUGCUGCUGGCCCCUGUGUCCUCCUUCUCGGCUCUCCAUUUCGUCGUAGGCUGUGAAGAAAAGAAACCGGCAACAUGUCUGACAAGAAGAUGAAUUCAAGCCGCAGGCAUCAUCUGAAGAGUUUGAUGCUGUCGAUCGCGGCCAACUGGAUUCAGCAGGAGAAAAAGGACAUCAUAGUCGCCAAAGAGGCCUACAUGACUGAGCACUGUCCCAAACCCUCCCUGAGCGGAGAUCAGGCUUCCCUCAUGGAAGCUUGCAAAAAGCUGCACGCCCUCCUCGACAAAGUGGAUGAAGAGAGGUACGACAUGGAGACCAAAGUGAGCAAAGCUGAUAAAGAGAUUGAAGACCUGAAGAUCAAGGUGGUUGACCUGGCUGGUGUAAAGAAACCCGCCCUGAAGAAAGUGCGUAUGUCUGCUGACGCCAUGCUGAAGGCGCUGCUGGGCUCCAAACACACGGUCAACAUGGACCUGAGGGCCAACCUGAAGCAGGUCAAGAAGGAGGUCAAAGAGGAGCCGGCUGAGGCGGUGGGUGACUGGCGUAAGAACAUUGAGGACAAAGCUGACAGGAAGAAGAUGUUCGAGACUUCUUAAGGAAAACCACUUCGCUCUUGUAGUCGCUUUGAGCUGUUUGCGCUUUUUAUGGAAUUUCUGGAUUUUUUGCAUUGAAAAACAGAACUUUUGUUUCAUUAAAUUUGUCAGUUUCA